GAGCCUCAGAAUCAUCACACGGGAGGAUCCAGCGUUCGAGACCCACCUUCUCCUCACAGAUAACAUGGCUUUCCGUCAGUCUGUCGGAUGGACGGCGGCUCUCUGCAAACGUUCGGAUAACUGUCGUCUGUUUUCAUGUCCAGCAUCUUUCUGAAGUGCUCCAGCUUUCCCAGUGGAGGAACAGGUCAAUGAAGACAUCAGUGAUGGAUCUUAAAGUGGAACCAAUGGACAUUGAUUUCGAUCAGCCUCCGCCUCUCCAAGUGUUCGCUCACACCUCGACACUACACGGCAUCUCUCACAUCUUCUCCUAUGAGAAGAUCACAGCCAAAUGCUGCCUCUGGGUGGUGUUUUUCCUCAGCUCCUUGACUUUUCUCAUGUACGUCUGCAUUGAUCGCAUUCAGUUCUACCUGGAGUAUCCUCACGUCACCAAGCUGGACGAGAUCACCACACCGGUGAUGGUGUUUCCGGCUGUGACCAUUUGCAAUCUGAACUCCAUUCGCUUCAGCAGGAUCACACGCAAUGACCUGUACCACGCAGGAGAACUGCUGGCGCUGCUCAACUCCAGGCAUGAAGUUCGAGAAGCUCACCUGGUUGAGGAAAGCGUGAUGGAGGUUCUCAAGAGCAAAACCGACUUUCGCUCUUUCAAGCCGCGACACUUCAACAUGUGGGAGUUUUACAACAGAACAGGACACGACAUUAAAGACAUGCUGCUCUCCUGCCAGUUCAGAGGCUCGCCUUGCCGUCCUGAAGACUUCAGUGUGGUGUUCACGCGUUAUGGAAAGUGUUAUACCUUUAACUCGGCUGAGACUGGCCCGCCACGGGUCAGCGUUAAGGGCGGGAUGGGGAAUGGCCUGGAGAUCAUGCUGGACAUUCAGCAGGAUGAAUAUUUACCUGUGUGGGGAGAGUCAGACGAGUCUUCAUUUGAAGCAGGAAUUAAAGUCCAGAUUCACAGUCAGGACGAGCCUCCGUUUAUAGAUCAGCUGGGCUUCGGAGUCGCUCCAGGAUUCCAGACGUUUGUUUCCUGUCAAGAGCAGCGACUGGUGUAUCUGCCUGCGCCAUGGGGGAGCUGUAAAUCCACACCGCCGAGCUCCGAUUAUUUCAGAGCGUACAGCAUCAGUGCCUGCCGAACCGACUGCGAGACUCGAUACCUGGUGGAAAACUGCAACUGCCGCAUGGUGCACAUGCCUGGUGAUGCACCAUACUGCACCCCAGUGCUUUACAAAGAAUGUGCACAUCCAGCACUCGAUUUCCUGGUGGAGACAGACAGCGACUACUGCGCAUGCGAGACUCCGUGCAACAUCACGCGCUACAGUAAAGAGCUGUCCUUCGUUAAGAUCCCCAGCAAAGCCUCCGUCAAAUACCUUGCAAAGAAGUAUAGCAAGUCUGAGAAAUACAUAACUGAGAACGUUAUGGUGCUGGAUGUGUUUUUUGAGGCUCUGAACUAUGAAACCAUCGAGCAGAGGAAAGCCUAUGAGGUGGCUGGUCUGUUGGGGGAUAUUGGAGGACAGAUGGGGCUUUUCAUUGGAGCCAGUAUUCUUACCAUUCUGGAACUUUUCGACUACCUUUACGAGGUCAUGAAGUACAGGUUGUGCCGCUGCUCCAACAAGAAACAUCACAACAACAACAACAACACUGAUCACAACGCUGUAUUUAGCCUGGAUGAUGUUAAUUGUCACGUCAGUAAAUUCCAUUAACACUGCUGCAAUAUUCCAGCUGUUUAGCUGCCAGUAUUAUUCAGAUUAUGUCCUACAUUUUAGCAGAAGGCAUCGCAACACCAGCACGGUUGUGUUGUCUACAGAUUGUUCUGGCAUCUCGUGGUUGUUCUCUCUCUAUCUCAUGCCUACGUAUGAACAUUUUUUAGGACUUUUCCAGAAAAAAACAAAACGUUUUGUGGUUUUCAGAACAAGCUGCUUUUUGAUUUUGUCUCUAUAAGGCAGGAAUGUCAAAAACGUUAAAUAUUAAUUAAAUGGUUCGAUCUUUGUGUGCCUGGCCUUUUGCAUCAGAAAUGCGUCCGCUAGCUUGAGGGGUUUACUGUAUGUGUCAUGUUUUAUUAAUCAUGCAUCGUAAAUGUAUUGUGACAGGCGAAUGGUUGCACAAGAGAACACCAGUCUGAAGGCCUGUAGGGUUUCUAUGAUAUGAGCAUGAUAUCAUCUCCGGUCAGCGUGAGAUCCGACAGAAGGGCUUUUUACAUUAGAUACAGUCAUUCUAAGCCAUUUAAAUACACAACAAGCUGCACAGCAUCAAGAGAUCGUGAUGCAGUGUUGACAACCCGAAUUUAAACAGCAAUACUAUGUUCAUUACUGCUCUCAAUAUAAGAACAUUAAAAAGGGGGAAGUAAUGUCGCAAAUGUAGGUGAUUUUAUCAUCUGUACUGUGGGGUAUGUGAAUAGUGGUGGGAAAAAUAACUACACUUGUUAGCCGAUAAUCAGAGUAAUCCAAAUUGCAUGUUAAUGAGAGUAAAGAGCUGUGUAAACAUCUUAAAGGCACGGUAUGUAAUUUUCAGAGUCCUUACUCUGAUUAAUGGAAAUAAUCGCAUUGGUGUACAUGGAAAUGUAGGCUAGUAAGUGAUUAGAAGAACAUAACACAACAAUACUAUUUUUUUACAUGUCUUUAUUUCUCAAAAAUGUUACAUCUAGCAAUUGUGAGCUAUAAAUUCACUAUUGCACAUUUAUAUCUUGCAGUUCUGAUUGGCGAAAAGGUGAGAAUUGCAAGAUAUAAACUAAAAAUCGCAAGAAAUAGAGUAAGAAUUGCAAGAUAUGCUUGCUAUUAAUCUGUAAUUGCCUCACAAUUGUGAGAAAUUAUCUUGAAAUUCUGAGAAAAGUCAGUAUUGAGAUAAAUAAACUCAUAAUUGCAAGAAAAACUUAGGGCCAAUGUUAAGUUAAACACCUUAAAGGCACAUACUUAAUUAAAAGUCCUUGCUCUGAUUAAUGGAAAUAAUCACAUUGGUGUACAUGGAAAUGUAGGCUAGUGAACGUAGCACAAGAUAAUCUUUUUUUAACUCGUCUUUCUGUCUUUUCCCCAAAAUUUUAGAUCUGACAAUUGUAAAUUCACUAUUGUGCAUUUAGAUCUUGCACUUCUGAUAGGGGAAAGGUGAGAAUUGCAAGAUAUAAACUAAAAAUCACAAGAAAUGAUUGCGAGAAUUGCAAGAUAUGCUUGCCCAGGGCUAAUGUAAAGUUAAACAUUUUCAGAGUACAUGGAAAUGUAGGCUAGCUAGUAAUUGGACGAAUGUAACACGAGACAAAUGUCUUCAACAGACAUUUAACUGACUCUAAGAAACUUUGCAAGAACAUGUCAACUUACACUAACCCUAACCCCAACCCUAACUCCAACCUAACAGUCUACUUUUAAUCCAAAGAGAGUUAGUUGGCAUGUAGAUGCAAUGUAGCUUAAUUCAGCAAGUGAUGUUUUGUAAACAAAUUUCGGAAGGAGCACGCGCAGACGUUUCAGUAUCAAAUACGUCAUUGACAAUUAUUCUAUUAUCCAAUCAGUUCUUGAUCAAACCCCUAUAUAUACACCAAAGCUGUCUUACCUGCAGCAUCUCACGACUUUAGCAUCCCUCCACCACCCCGUCACCUCACCUCUUAAGCAUUACAAUCCCGGGGGCAGCGUUCUGGUGCCGGGCUAGAUACUUCGCUCGAAUCCCAAUUCCUCUCUGUUUCCUGAUAAGGGGAAUAACUCGAGUUGGGGUGUCUCCCCGAGCUCAGAGCCCUCUCCCCGGACAGCACGCCAAAUACGCUUUAUUCUGAAACUAUUGCAAGUGUGAACUCGUGAAACGGACAUCAAAAUAAAGUGUGACCAUUUACUAUUACAUGUUUAUAUGUGAAAGAUAUCAACUAAAAAUCACAAGAAAUAAAGUGAGAAUUGUAAGAUAAGCUGGCUUAUAAACUGUAAUUUGUAUUUGUAAAAUCUGUAAUUGCUUCACAAUUGUGAGAAAUUAACUUGAAAUUCUGAGAAAAGUCAGUAUUGAGAUAUAUAAACUCAUAACUGCAAUAAAAGGUGAGAAUUGUGAGGUGUAGGGCCGAUGUAAAUCUUAAAGCUCAUGAAUCGAACUAAAACAAAAACAUUAAACUGACUUAAAACAGCUUGUAUAACUUAAAAAACAAAAUAAAACAUGUUUAAUUUAAUUAAAUAUUUAUUUUCAUAUUUUUUUUCUGAUCAUGAUUGAAUAUAUUCAGACAGCUAGGAUAACAUAUGUUCCACUAUUAAUUUAUUCAUUUUCCUCCAGCAUAGUCCUUUAUUUAUCAGGGGUCGCCACAAUGAAAUGAACCGCCAACUAUUCCUGCAUAUGUUUUACACAGCGGAUGCCUUCCAGUUGCAUCCCAGCACUGGGAAACACCAAUACGCUCUCACAUUCGUGCACUCAUACACUACGGCCAAUUUAGUUUACCCAAUUCGCCUAUAGCGAAUGUGUUUGGACUGUGGGGGAAACCGGAGCACCUGGAGGAAACCCACGCCAACACGGGGAGAACAUGCAAACUCCACACGGAAAUGCCAACUGGCCCAGCCGAAACUCUUCUUGCUGUGUGGCAGCAGUGCUAACCACUGAGCCACCAUGCCGCCCAGGCAUUUAGAACAGGCAUGAGCAAACUCGAUCCUGGAGGGCCGGUGUCCCUGCAGAGUUUUGCUCCAACACUAAUCAAACACACCUGAACACCCUAAUUAGUGUCUUCAAGAUCACUAGAAAGCUACAAGCAGGUGUGUUUGAUUAGGGUUGGUGCAAAACUAUGCAGGGACACCGGCCCUCCAGGAUCGAGUUUGCCCACCCCUGGUUUAGAAUGACAAUAACCUUAUAUUAAGCGUAAUGUGAAAAGCCUUUCUAGCUGUGGUGCAUGUGAGCUUCUGUCCGCAGUGUCAGUGCGUUUCCAGAUCUGGAGCGCGUGUGUGCAUGUCUGUAGCUCUGUCUGUUUACGUCGUGUGCCUUUGCUGUGUGUGUGUCUGCAAGUGCAUGGAUGUCUACCGUAUGUCUGUUCGUAAGCGUGUCUUUUUGUACAUGUAUAUACUACAUGUAAUUAUUUCUAGAAGGGUCGAAGAAAAAGUCGGAGCCAUGCUAUUUUUAAACUGGAAAUGAAGUAUUUUUAAGCUCGUCGUGCAUUAGGAUGAUGUGUCAAAAGCCAGCAGAUAGUUAUGCAGUCAUUUUGUUGUGGACUAUGUUAGUUUAUAUCUAUUUCUCAUCUCAGAGACACUGUAUUAAUGUCAUACACAACGGACGGUUUCUUUUCAGAGACCACUUGAACACAAAUUUUCAUGAUUUCAUAUGAAAUGAUUGUCAAAGAUCAACAGCAUUAAUAUGUAAAUCAGUCUUUUCAACUGAUACAUUUCUGUAUUGUUUUGAUGUUAUUUGUGGCUGUAAUAAAAUAUGAUUUUUUUAUGAAUAAAGAUGCAUAAAAUGAA